GUCCUAAUGCAAAUAAAUUCAAAUUUCUCAGUCUUUUUAGAUGGGUAACUGAGGUGCAUUUUCUAUCAAAAGGUUUCUGCAAUACUACUCCAGACUCCAUUAAAGCACCUCACAUGAAUAUGCAUUUCAGCUCUCCCAAUCAUGGCUAUUGCGUUGUGGCUCCCUCGCAUCUCACGUAGUACCACUAGGAGGUUCCUCAAACCCUCUUCCUCACUCACUCUCUUUUCUAUCUCUCAUUCUCAUAACUAUAUAGUCACCUCUAACCGUAGCCCUAUCCCUCGCCUCUUUACUGUUCCUAAUCAAAGCCAUGGCCGGGAAUGGGUCUCUGUCUCUGAAGUCAGACUCGGUUACGUCAGCCACAUUUCUACCGCCGGUAAAAGCGACGAGAAUCGGAGCCGCGAUGCCCAGGUAGCUGAUGUAUCUUGGAUUGACUUGUACUUGCCCAGACAGAUUCAUCCCUACGUUCGACUUGCUCGGCUUGAUAAGCCCAUUGGGACAUGGUUGCUCGCUUGGCCUUGUAUGUGGUCAAUUAGUUUGGCAGCAAACCCUGGACAUCUUCCUGAUAUCAAGAUGAUGACAUUAUUUGGAUGUGGGGCUUUGCUUCUACGGGGUGCUGGAUGUACCAUUAACGAUCUUCUCGAUCGAGAUAUUGAUACAAUGGUAGAGCGUACAAAGUUGAGGCCAGUCGCAAGCGGUAUCAUCACACCCUUUCAAGGAAUUUGUUUUCUUGGGUUUCAAUUGCUGUUGGGUCUUGGCAUUCUUCUUCAACUGAAUAAUUAUAGUCGGAUAUUGGGGGCUUCAUCUUUGUUGCUAGUCUUUUCCUAUCCCCUUAUGAAGAGGUUGACAUUUUGGCCUCAAGCCUAUCUAGGCUUAACUUUUAAUUGGGGAGCUUUAUUAGGAUGGGCUGCUGUUAAAGGAAACAUUGAUCCAGCUAUAGUUCUCCCCUUGUAUGCCUCUGGAGUAUUUUGGACUCUAGUAUAUGACACGAUUUAUGCACAUCAGGACAAAGAAGAUGAUGUGAGAGUUGGUAUUAAGUCCACGGCUUUGAGAUUUGGGGAUUUAACUAAGCAGUGGAAUAUGGGGUUUGGAGCUGCAUGCAUUAGUAGUCUUGCCCUCAGUGGAUAUAAUGCUGAAAUUGGGUGGCCAUUUUAUGCAUCAUUGGUUGCUGCAUCUGGACAAUUAGCUUGGCAGAUAUCGACCGUUGACCUUUCAUCUCGAGAUGAUUGCAAUAAAAAAUUUGUAUCAAACAAGUGGUUUGGUGCUAUUAUUUUUAGUGGAAUUGUUUUAGGACGAAUAUCGUCUUGAAUGUAAAGAAAGUUUCUAUAAUCACUACAGUAUUGUGAUCGUAAGAUUGAAUAUACCUAUACAAUACACAUAAGUUUAUUUAUUCUUACUAAAUGCAGCUUCUGAAGAUAUGGCAUCGCUACCUCAUUGGACUAUUCGUUAAGAUUAUAUAUCAAUUUUUUUGUUGUUGUAAUCGGAUGGAUCAGUUUUUUGCAGGCCAAAUAAAAACCAUAGAGCAUGUUUUUUUUUUUUUUUUUUUGAGAUAAAACCAUAGAGCAUGGUUGUAGUUGUUGUAAGACUCAUUUUUUCUGUUAAAUGCAUAUCAAAGCUAUUAUAA